AAGCUAAGCUUUCCUUCAGUAGGAAAGUGCCCUGCCUUCCAUGCUGCAGAGCAGUGCGCGUGAGCAGAAGAGGAAAUAUGAUGACUGCCCUCCAGGCAACAGCUAAAUCUGAUGGUAAAUGCUAUGCUGUGGCAGAAGUGGUUUCACUGACAAACAUGAAAUGACUUAAAAUCAACUCUGAAGCUGAGCUCACAGACAAAUGCAUCGACUGCCUUCUAUUCUAAACUACCAGAGUGCAGCGUGACAACACCAGAAUCCUGAAAUCCCAACCUCUGUGUCAUAGUGGAAAUCAUGUGGCACCUGACAAGCUACUGGACCUCUCUGACCAUCCUGCUAGUUUUAUGUUUGUUCCUAUGGCCACCUGGAUCACAUGCUUCAGUCAGUUACAAGCCCAACAUUGUACUGAUACUGGCCGAUGAUCUUGGCAUUGGAGAUGUAGGCUGCUAUGGAAAUGAUACUAUAAGGACCCCUAAUAUUGACCAUCUGGCAAAGGAAGGAGUGAAACUUACUCAGCACAUUGCUGCGGCUCCACUUUGCACCCCUAGCAGAGCUGCUUUCCUGACUGGUAGAUACCCCAUCAGAUCAGGUAUGGAUGCCACUAAUGACUAUCGUGUUAUUCAGUGGGCUGGGGCCUCAGGAGGGCUCCCUCCAAAUGAAACCACUUUUGCCAAGAUACUACAGCAGCAAGGCUACAUCACCGGACUAAUAGGGAAGUGGCAUCAAGGUGUGAACUGUGAAUCCCGCAACGACUACUGUCAUCACCCUUUAAACCAUGGGUUUGAUUAUUUUUAUGGCAUGCCAUUUAGUCUAAUGAAUGACUGUCAAAUAACACAACCUCCAGAGAAGGACAGAGUCUUGAGAACCAAACUCUGGCUUUACUCUCAGACAAUUGGCCUUGCUGUACUCACACUUGCAAUAGCAAGACUUACUGGCUUGGUCUCAGUCACCUGGAAAAUAAUCACCUGCUUUGCUUGGUUUGGUUUUUUGUUCUUUGCAUCCUGGUUCUCGAGUUAUGGAUUCAUAAGAUAUUGGGACUGCAUUAUGAUGCGAAACCAUGAAAUUACUGAACAGCCAAUGGUGGUAGAAAGAACUACAUCCCUUAUAUUGAGGGAGGCCGUUUCUUUUAUUGAAAGAAACAAGCAUGGGCCGUUCCUCCUCUUUGUUUCCUUUCUACAUGUCCACACACCCCUCAUCACCACGGAGUUGUUUCUUGGGAAGAGCAGGUAUGGCUUAUAUGGAGAUAAUGUAGAGGAGAUGGACUGGAUGGUGGGCAGGAUCCUGGAUGCUAUUGAUAAGAAAGGUUUGAAAAAUACCACACUCACAUACUUUUCCUCUGACCAUGGUGGGUUCUUGGAAGCUCAAGGAGGAAAAGCCCAAUUAGGUGGCUGGAAUGGAAUAUACAAAGGUGGAAAAGGUAUGGGAGGCUGGGAAGGAGGGAUCCGUGUGCCAGGGAUAUUUAGAUGGCCAGGAGUGUUACCUGCAGACACAGUUAUUGAUGAACCUACAAGUCUUAUGGACAUUUACCCUACGGUGGCUUACCUGGCUGGAGGGAUAGUGCCUCAGGACAGAGUGAUCGAUGGCCGGAACCUGAUGCCUUUACUGCAGGGGUCCAUUCAGCACUCAGAGCAUGAGUUCCUGUUUCACUACUGUGGCAUGUAUUUACAUGCAGUACGGUGGCACCAAAAGGACAGUGGUGCACUGUGGAAGGUGCAUUAUGUGACUCCAAUAUUCCAGCCAGAGGAUGCUCGAGCGUGUUAUGGAAGAGGAAUUUGCCCAUGUUUUGGGGAAGGUGUAACCCAUCAUGACCCUCCUUUACUCUUUGAUCUCUCCAGAGACCCUUCUGAGGCCAAACCUCUAUUACCUGCCACUGAGCCCCUGUUUGACACAGUAAUAAGCAGAAUAGAAAGAGCUGUUCAGGAACAUCGCCAGACACUGACUCCAGUCCCACAACAGCUCUCAUUGUACAACAUUAUGUGGAAGCCCUGGCUACAGCCAUGCUGUGGGACAUUCCCGUUUUGCUGGUGUGAUAAAGAAGGUGACAGUGCACACCCUGCACUGUAAAGAAAAUAUAUUGAAGGUUAACUGUAUGAAAACCUUUAAAAUCAAGUGCUUUUUUUGAGCAAAUGGAUUCUCUUUUUGUUGAUUUAGGAUUACACAGUUGGCUAGCUGUAUGAAAUAGGGUUUAGUGAAGGCCAUUUCAUGAAACAAGAUUUCAGUCUACAUGGACAAAAUUAAUAUGUUCCAGUAUGGCAAGUCUUAGGAGUAUCUAUUCACUGCUGAAGAUAUAACUCAGAUACAUUGCAGUGUGCCAAAAUUAAAG